AUGGCUCCAUCAGAAGGUCCUAUAAAGGAACUCGAUGAGAAAUGCAUCGAUAUGGUUGUAAAAUACGUAGCGGACAUUAGAAGUGGAAAGAUGAAGGGGUCCAUAAACAUUGCAACUGCCACUGUGUCACUCUUGGAGCAAAUAAUAACAGAUUCACAAAACCCCACUGCAUUUGAGCUGUGCGGCACGGUUCGCGCGGUGGGGCAGCGGGUGCAGAGCGCGCUGCCCCAGGAGCUGGUGGCGGCGAACAUGGUGCGCCGGGUGCUGCGCGCCAUCAGGGACGAGCAGCGGACCACAGCGGACCAGAGCGGGGAGGGCGCGGGCGAGUCGCUGCAGAGGCUGGUGCUGGCGGCGCCCCACCGCCGCUCCACCUCCACGGCCCCCAGGGACCUGAGGGAGCCAGUGCGGGACUUCAUAGCCGAGCUCCUGGGCGAGCUGGAGUCGAGCGCGGCGGCGGUGUGCCAGCAGGCGCGCGAGCACGUGCACGCGGACGAGCUGGUGCUCACGUUCGGCGCGUGCGCCCUGGCGGAGCGCUUCCUGCGCGCCGCCGCCGCCCGCCGCUACCGGCUGCUGCUGGCCGAGAGCGGCGACGUGCGCCAGAGCCACGCGAUGGCGUCCAGGCUGAGCGCUGCGGGCGUCGACGUGACGGUGGUGAGCAGCGCCGCCGUGGCAGCCCUCAUGCCCAGGGUCAACAAGGUGAUCCUGUGCGUGCGCGCCGUACUGGCCGGUGGGACAGCGCUGGCUCGAGCGGGCUCGCACGCUGUGACGGUCGCCGCGCAUCACUACAGCGUGCCGGUGCUGGCGCUGGCGCCGCUCCACACGCUGAGCCCACGGCACGCCUGCGAACAGAGGGACCAUAGGAGACACGCGCUCGCCCCGCCGCCCUCCUACCAAAGCAGCGGUGGGGCUUUGGGCCACGUGGCUGCGCCCUCCCACGACUUCCUGCCGCCCAGCCACAUCACCCUGUUCAUCACCAACCUCGGUGGCAGCUCUCCGUCCUACAUCUAUCGGCUGCUGUCAGAGCUCUACGACCCCAGCGACUACCAGAUC